AUGGCAGACUCCACCGACCUCAACCUGGAUGAUGCGCCCAGUGACCUUCAAGACAUUCCGGAGCUGGCAAUGCAGUUGGUGCCCCCUCCUGAAGGUACAUAUCCUGAUAAGGCGACUCUGCUCGCUGCAGUCCAGGACCAUGGAAAGGAACAUGGCUACAAUGUGGUCGUCAAGUCAUCAAGCACGCCUACCGAGAAGAAACCCGGCCGUACGGCCAAGGUUUGGCUGCGAUGUGAUCGCGGCGGACAUUAUCGGCCACGCAAUGGCUUGACCGAAGAGACACGCAAACGUCGCAGAACCUCGCGCCUGAUGGACUGUCCCUUUAUGCUUGUUGCAGCGGGCUCUCCGGGUAUCUGGACCCUGAGUGUACUCAAUGCCACGCACAACCACGGCCCCAUCAUUGAGAAGCCGCGCCAAGUCCCUCACCAUAAAGUGCGCAAGGGUCAACUUCCAGCCAUUCCAUAUGAUUGGCCGCAUGACGCAUCUUUCACGCCAUACACCACUGCGCUUGUGAUCAUUGAUAUGCAAAAAGACUUUUGUUUGCCCGAAGGAUACAUGGGAUAUCAGGGCUAUGACAUCUCCGCUGCGCAAGCAUUAAUCCCACGCCUUCAGAGGUUACUUCACGCUUUCCGCUCUGGGGGCUUCCCAGUAUACCACACUCGGGAGGGCCACCGCUCUGAUCUAUCUACUCUUUCCAGUCGUGAGUCGUACAGGUCUCGCAACAAUGCAUCAGGCUUGGGAAUUGGCUCCCCUGGUCCCAUGGGCCGUCUCCUCAUUCGCGGUGAACUUGGCCACGAUACUGUUGACGAACUUUACCCUCUUGUCGGCGAACCGGUCAUCGACAAGCCUGGACGCGGUGCAUUUGCUCACACAGACUUCGAACUGCUACUGAGAAACAAAGGCAUUAAGAACCUCGUGAUCGCAGGUGUGACCACUGAUGUCUGUGUUUCGACCACUAUGCGCGAGGCGAAUGACCGUGGCUUCGACUGUGUUGUAUUGGAUGACGGCACUGCCGCGGCUGAGCCGUCGCUACAUCUUGGCACGAUUGAAUCGGUCAAGAUGGAAGGUGGAAUAUUUGGUACCGUUGCCAAGUUGGAAGAUGUCAUCCAUGCAGUCGACAAUUUCAAAGCCAUUACCAUGAAGAAGUUGGCUCCUCAGAUGACAGGCUAG